UAAUAUUUCGUUUUGCAGCGUGGUUUUGGACAAGAAAGGCGGAAAGAUGUCUCGGUAUUCAAGACCCCCGAACAGUUCACUUUAUGUAAGAAACUUACAUCAUGAGACCAGACCUGAAGAUCUUCGACGUCUGUUUGGCAAAUAUGGCCGCAUAACCGAUGUCUACAUUCCCCUGGACUACUACACGAGGGAGUCUCGCGGAUUUGCUUAUGUACAAUUUGAAGAUAUUCGUGAUGCUGAGGAUGCCCAUUACUACUUGGACAGAGUUGUGUUACAUGGAAGGGAACUAGAAGUUCAGUUUGCAGAGGGAGACAGAAAGACACCGUCACAGAUGCGCAGCAAAGAAAAGAGAGAUACCCAUGGUGGGGGUGGUGGUUACAGUAGUAGCAGGAGAGAUUAUCAAGAUGAAGGAUAUAGUCGUCGCUCCCGUAGUCGAAGUCCAAGACGUCGUCGUCGUCGAUCCCACUCUCGAUCCAGAUCACGCUCUCCCAGGCGUCGUGAACGCACCACUCGUGGUGAACGAAGCCGUGAUAGUCACCGAGACACCAGGAGAGAAAGGGAACGGGAACGAACACGCUCACCCUCACGGUCACGCUCAGCAUCACCCGCGCGAUCAGCGUCACGGUCACGCUCCGGUUCACCAGCAGCAGAGUUCAGUGAUAAAGAAGAGGAACAGGGUGGUGGACAAAGUCGCUCAGCUAGCCCCAACUGAGUUGUGCGACACUGAGAAAUUGUCCCUUCCAAUGUUGUCAACUGGAGCGCACGUAAAGUGCAUAUAGUUCAAACAUACUUCAAGAAAGAAAAAAAGACAUUUUACUUACACAAACGCUUCAGGGCUUGAGUGUUUUUAGAGUUGUUAAGUGUAAUGUUGUUCAAGUACUGUGUUGGAGAAUUAUUUGUGUGGGGAGUAGAAAACACCGCUUUAAUCAGCAAUCCUACACGUCAGUAUGCGGAAAAAAGAACCCACAAACUAAAAUUUUGUUAGUAUUAAAUUGAUGAAGUUUGCUUCAAUCGUUCUAAAGUAAUUCGUUGUUGUAGGGGCAUGAGUGAAGUGAAGUGAAAAAGUAAACCGAAGUAAAUAGGUUACUUUUUUCCCUUUUCUGUUUCGCUGGUUAAUUUUUAGCGUUUUUCUUCGCCCGUACCACCACACUUUGGAACCCUGUGUGUCGAAAGAAUGUUAACUUUUAUCUUUAUGUUGAGGAAUAAAUGUUUCAUAAUUGUUUUAAAAUC